AUGGGUGCUGAGCUGGACGAGAAGCCGACAGAGGAGUUUUGUCGUGCGACCCAUGAGUGCAUGUGGGCUAUCCUGACGGCGUAUCGACAGGUGGACUUUUCCCUGCCGCGUGGAUCCAGCGAGUCGUGGUUUAACCACCGGCUCUGGUGGUUUCUGACCCGCACUGAGCCAGGCGAGAUAGUACCGCAAGCGUCGCAGCAUCACCGCAACGACGGUCGUGCACUGGAUUUAAAGCAGGUUACUGGCCUAAAAGCCGACGGCCUCGUCUAUGGCACCGCCAAGGGUCUGGAGUACUGCGUGCUGGAAAUGGCCAAGAAGGAUCAGGGGCAGUUCACCACCAAGGCCUUGAAAGACACUCGCAAACUCGCCAAGAUGAUGAAAGACAUAGGAGAUGAGAUCCGCAAGCUUGCCAUGGUGAAUUUCCGCGAUUGCUUGGUCGUGUAUGGUAUGCGCAUCGCGGGACCCACCGCCACCUUUUUAUACUCUGCGCCAGAGGCCAGGGCUUAUCUCGCUUCCGGCUUCGUGGACGGAUGUGACCAUGGCAAAGUCAUUGCUGGCCGUCCUGGCCGGGUUCUGGCGAUGCGCAAGGCCAUCGUGGCUAUAGCAGGUCGGGUUCUUGACUGGACUGCUCUGCCCCUUGACGGUAGUGCCCCUGAAGACAGCGACAACGGCAACUGGAUUGCUGCAACACUCAUAUCGCCCCCCUACACCUCCACAAGCCAGCCUACCACCUCAAUCGAGGACAUUCCUCCGCUUGUUCUCGAUGCAACCACCAACUCGCUCUCCUUGUAG